AUGCAAAACAAAAUUAAACCCGUCGAUCUGUUGACCGAUCAAUUUCAACAAUUAAAGAAUCUGAGUGUCAACAAAAUACAUAACAACUCAUCACAAAAUGAAAGGAAUGAAUCAUUCGGAGCCAUCAUUGUAAAUGUAUCCAAAAUUUUGCAUGAAAAUUCAGCCUAUUUGGGAAUAUUUGCAUUUUACGAAGCAAACCGCUUGACAUCUUCACAAUUUCUUGGCGUUUGCCGAUCCUUUGUAAAAACAUUGAAUCAAGUAUCACAUUUAGAAUUGUGUGGUAAUCAGAUGGAAUGGUUCGUGGCUGAAAUGAAGGGCUCCUCCCUUUCACAAGAUACAAAACUGAUAGUGAACAAUUUUUCACACGCUCUCACUCAUUUAGAUCUCUCCGGAAAUUUAAUCAAAACGUUUCCUCUUGAAUGUCUUUCCAUGCCAUUGAAAUAUUUGAAUUUGCAAAAUAACCAUUUGAGCUCAUUGGACAAUUUAGAGUCGUUGAUUUUCAAAAACAACAAGGAAUCUUCCAAAAUACAGAGAACACUUGUUGAAUUGAACCUUUCCAAGAAUUUAAUUCAGAAAGUACCAUUUCAAGUGAUCACCAUAUUCUUUUCGGAAUUGACACAUUUGGAUAUCGGCGAGAAUCCAAUUGUGAGCUUUGAGUUGAGAACAUUAACCUCACAGCCAAGAUCUGCACAUUUAUUUGGCAGUGUAUCUAACAAAGACAAUAGUGAUGAGGAUUUUUCAAAAUUCAUUAGUACCUUCUCCAAAGUUUCACACCUUAUACUCACAAGUUUGGACGCAUCAUUAUUGGAAAAAACCAUUGAAAGGAAAAAAUCUUCUCAAACCAAACAAUCGAGUUUAUUCAAUUUUUACAAAAAGAAAGAAUUAGAAACUCUAUCAUCCAGUGGAACCUUCUUUCCAUUGGAAAUUCUAUCAUUACAUCAUCUUCAAGUUUUGGAUUUAUCAAAAAACAAACAUUUACCAUUUCAUGAACUUGAAAAAAUUGAGUCCCCUAUUUUGAUGAACAUUGUGAAUAUCAAUUUGUCGGAAUGCUUUUUGGUCGGAAGUGUGAACAAAUUAUUAAGAUUUGCUUCAAAAACGAAUUUACAAAUUCUCGACCUUUCCUAUAAUAAUUUUUCUCAUGUGGACAUUCAUGAAUUUUCUUCUCUCAAAUCUUUAAAUCUUACCAUGAAUACAGAGUUAUUGUCCAACGAUGAAAAUAUUUACCAUAUUUUACAAAAUUGCAAUAAGGAAAUGGAACACUUGAUACUACAACGAAUACACCAAGAAGAGAUUGGAUUUUUAGAUACAUUUUACCCAAGUUCCAUCAAAAAAAACAAGUUAGAUGAAACAACAAUUGGAGAGUUUCUAUCACGAUUGAAUGAUUUGAAAUCAUUGACAUUAAGUGGAUGUUUCAUUAAGAAAUGUCCUUCUCAACUCAAUGGACUACAUCACUCACAUCUGACCGCUCUUGAUUUAUCGUUUAAUGAGAUUUCAGAAAUACCUUCUUCGUUGAUGACAUUGGACUCUCUCACGACACUUGAUUUAUCACAUAAUGACAUCUCAUUGAUUAAUGUUGAUGAUUUAGGAAUUAUACAAUUACGAAAUCUCACCAUCCUUAAUUUAUCACACAACAACUUGUCACAACUUCCAGUUAAAUUCAUCAUCUCCUUACCCACUAUUCAAACCAUUUCACUGGAAUAUAAUGCAGAGCUACUCAAAUCCAUUCCUCAAGAAGUAACAGAAGAGUUCAACAAAUGGUCGAACGAACAUUCAAAAGUCAUAUUUCGACGUAUAUUGAUUGAACCCUCGUUGGUCAUCAAUGGAUUAUAUCUAAGCGGAAACGCGUCUGCUCAAAGCAAACAUCAAAUGAAGCGUCUUGGUAUUACACAUGUUCUCAAUGUGGCAGAGGGAUUGACGACACCAUUUCCUUUUGAUUUUAUCUAUAAAAAGGUAGAGUUGGAAGACACACUGGAACAAGACUUGUUUCCUCAUUUGGAUGAGUGUGUAGAUUUUAUUGAAGAAGCCCUAAAAAACCAUAAGACAGUACUAGUUCACUGUAAAGCAGGUGUCUCUAGGUCCGCAAGUAUGGUCAUUGCGUAUAUCAUGAAAAAGUAUAAUCAAUCGUACGAGAAUGCACUAGAGUUUGUUAAAGAAAGAAGGCCACAAGUUUGUCCCAACACAGCGUUCAUUCACCAAUUAAUGCGAUACGAGCAGAAACUUCGAAUGGAGUCACAAGGUUCAGCCUAUCCCUCUUCGAACAAGUUGGAUUUCAACAGUACUAUGUAA